AUGGAUCAAUGUGAUUCUUCUAAAUUGAAAAUAGAUUACUUAAGUUAGGAAAUCGAAAAUCUAAGUCAAAGGUUAGAAGAAUAAAUUAACAUCAACGCUUAGUAUCAAAGUCUAAUUAAUGGACGAACUGAUAUGAGAAUACUAUUGAGUGUAAUGCAAUCAGAGUAGGAACUUUUGAAAUAAUAAAUAUCGAAAAUACUUAACGAGAGGAAUAGAGCUGUAUCAAAAGUUCUCAUUCUAGAAUAAAUACUCCUAGCGACACAAUAAGAAAACGAUUUCAUUCUCAAAGAGGCAGAACAAAGAAUUAAAUAUCUGCAAGAACAAAUAAAAUACUAUGAGUAAUCAAACUAGAACUUAAACCUCUAUGAAACUGAUCCUCAAAACGAAGGUUAUUUGAUAAAGUACAAAUAAAUAGUGAAUUUGAAUGAAGCCACUUUGAGAUUAUAAUAGGAGAUCGAGAUAUAUAAGGUUCAAUUAGCUUUGGCUCACAUGAAAAUGAGCAAGUUACAAGAGUCUAAAAAUGAUUUAAUAUAGUUAAACUUUACUCUCUCAAAUGAAAUAUGUCGAUUGAAGUUGUAAUCAAGUCAAGGAGUAAAAAAUGUAGAUAAAUACAUCUCUCAAUUGGUUGAAGUCUAAACGAAAUUGGUUUAAAUUGAUGACGAAGAUUCAGAUAAGGAAUGCACAUCUCCAAUGGAAGAUAAAUUCAAUGCUACUCGAAUAAAUACAAUUUUCAAUUAGCACAAUAUGCCAAAAUUAGAUUUGAAGAGAGCCUAGCAAAUCUAAGCAUAUACUUUAUAGUAAAUGAAUAUGAAACAGCAAAAAAACCAAGAUCUAACACUUCAGGAUGAACUCCAAAAAUGGAUAACAGAAUAUAAGUAUUUGAAGAACAACUACGAUGCUUCCAAGAUAUUGUUUGAUCAGUUGAAGAUUCAAUAUGAAGAUUUGCAAAGGAAUUAUAAUGAAACACUAUCAAUAAAUGCCACUUUGAUAAGAGCAAACCAAAAUUACGAAGAAAAAUGGCAGAACAUUAACAAACAACAUGUCUUUUAUAAACAAUUCUAUCUGUAGUAUAAGGAUUGUGUGGAUAUUUUCAAUAAAACUUUGAGCAAUAAAAAGCUAUAGGAAUCCGUAUCUGAGAGGAAAGAUCUGUUAGAAUUUUCAAUAUAGGUUUCAAAGAUAAGACCCGCAAUGUUUGUACGAAGAUCUAGUGUCAAUGUGGUUGGGAUAACAUCAGUAGAUUCAACUCCAAAUUCCAUCAAUUACAAGGAUAAAAUAAUCUAGAUGACUAAGGAUGUUUUCUAGAUAUUUAAGAAAAAGCAUAGCGAAAAUGAAAGUAGUGAUGAAGAUAUUUCACAGGUGAAUCAAAUGAAGAGAGAAUUCACUGUAUCCAACAAUUUUUAAUCUUCAUAAAAACAAGCAAAAAUAUGA